AUGUGUACUUUCCGCCUCCAGAUCGAGCAGUGCGGGUGCAACGACGUCGAGUGCAAGCAACUGAACCCCGAGAUCCAAGACGACAAUUUCGAAAACGUGGAGUCGGGCGGUCACACGCUCCGCGUGAUCGAGUACUAUCGCAUCUCGGGGAUGUGCAUGGGCUGGUUCAUCAACGAGGACCCUAACCGGAUGAUGGUGGCGCGUUACGGCAUGAACCCGAACAAUGGCAACAGCAAACAGGACUGCAAAAACAAGGUAUUAAAGUUCGAUAAUGCGAGGUACUACUCGACUGAAAUUUGCGAGGCGUGCAAGCAGACAUGCAAGCAGCCGGAGGACUGA